AUGCAUUCCCGCCGUCCGCCGAGGGCCCCGAAGGACGAUCCCACAGGCGGUGGCUGUAAGACUACUGCCCGGCUCGCAGUGGCUGUAGACGAGGUCCCGCCUCGCACCUCCUCGGCGGCGGCAUGUUCAGAUUCCAGGGGCCCCCUCCCAAGAGGCCGGGUGCCGCCGCGCAAGGCCGCCGUCGCCGUCCUCGGCCUGCACCUCGUCGUCGUCUGCACCUCGCCCUCUCCCUCGCCGUUCUCGCCGUCCUCGACGUCGUCCUCGUCCUCGCCGUGGUCGGCCUCCUCGCCGUCCGCGGCCUCUCCCUGCCGCCCUCGUCCCCGCGGCCACCUCCGCGCCCCGCCGGGCCCGUGCCGGGGCCGCGGACUGGGCCGCGUUCGACCAGGGCGGCGUGGUGCCGCCGGGGCUGGGGCGGCGCAUGCGCAACUACACCUUCGCGAAGAGGGGCCCGUGCAGCGCGUACGGGCGCUGUAUGGCCCCGGCGGGGAGGUGGUGCCCGAGGCUCUGGUGAAGGAGAUGCUGCCAGCGACAGGCGAGUUCUACGGCCUCGCCACAAUGGGCCUCACCGGCUUCGUCGGUACGGGCAUCGGCGACUACGGCGUGGCCUUCGGGCAUCUCGGGGACACCUACGGCUUCCAGAGCAUCAUCGCGUACUUCCCCAAGUUGGACGUGGGCCUGUCGGUGAUGACCAACCACGAGGACCGCCUGCAGCGCGGGCCCAGCGCCCUGCUGUGCACGGCGUACAACAGGGCGUUGGACCUGGUGUUGCACCAGCCUCUGCGCAAUUGCUCCUACGUGAAGGAGAAGUACUAUCGCGGCGGGUUUCGGGCGCUGCCAGUGCUCGCAGGGCCGUAG